AUUUUUGUUCUUAGCUUUGUCUACCUCUUAAGAAACAUCUUUCGAUUUUAUACUAUUAAGACAUGGUAACUAAAAAACACUCGCCUCAUAUCUUAAAAUAAUGGAUCUCGAAGCGAAAAUUUCUUCCCUCAGAAGCUAUGUGAAAUUAAGUGCACAAAAAGAUCAAAAUGGCAUAAAACAGAACGAGAAACCAGACAACAGUGGAACAGAUGCUGAGUCUAAUGGAUGGUGGAGUUCAAUAUCUAAUAAGGCACAGGAACCAGAUCCAUGGUUGCCUGGAUUGACUAAGACACAACGAAUUGUCGGGUUUUUUCUAUGUUUACUGCUGGGAGUGUUUUGUUUUGGAAUGGCUGCAAUGAUUAUUCCAUUCAUCAUUCUUAAAUCAAGAAAAUUUGUUGCACUUUACACAAUGGGAAGUGUAUUUACCUUAGGAAGUUUUUCUUUACUUUGGGGUCCUUAUCAUCACCUGAAGCAUCUUCUGAGUUUGGAAAGAUUGCCAUUUACCACAAUGUAUUUUGGCUCAAUGUUCACUACCUUAUAUGUUGCCAUUUUUAUAAAGAGUACGUUCUUAACACUAAUUUGUGCUAUAAUUCAAGUCAUCACAUUGACAUGGUACAUAGUAAGUUAUCUUCCUGGUGGAACAGCUGGUAUGAAAAUAAUGUCAAGAUUUUUCUCAAAUGUGGCCAUUAAAACAGUUUCAAAAACAUUACCUGUGUAAAAAUGUACAUAAAAAAUGAAGUAGAGAUCAAUGAAAGUCAAACUCUUCAUUCCUCUUUUUAAUUUAGGAUUAAAAUUGUUGGUACACAUGAAACAUUAAACAUCAACUUGUAUAUUUUUAAUUAUAUUACAGGGUAAAAGGUG